CGCAGAUGUUUUGAUUUUGCAGUUCCGAGCCGGGGGCACCGGCGAAUCGCGACUUUGAGUGUUCGUCCUUGGGAGUUCCUUCCGCAUCACCUAGCACUACCUGAAACAAAACAAAUGAAAGAACGUUUGCGAUUCCCCGUUCCAGUGCAUAUUGUGUGGUGCUAACGACGAGGCUCCGAACACGGAGAAAUGCCUACUCCUACGCGUAGCGCGCCGACUGCGCUGUGGCCGCGCGUUCCAGCCUUGCACGACGUCGCUUCAGGAUGCUCUUGACAACUAGCGCAGCUGAAGCGGGCGAUCGACUGUUGUGUUGUUGAUGAGCUCGUCGCCCGGGCCGCUCUAUGAAGAGUGCUAAUUUGGGCCAUGGUGCCAGCGAACGUCUGGGAGCCUCGCGAGAUGACUUGCCCGUCGCCGCCUUUGAUGCCGGCUGAGGACGGUUGCAGGUAUGUCAGCCUCAUCCCCUGACGAGCAUGGAGCACAGCCAACCUUGCAGCCACCACCACAGCACUUGCAAUGCCAAAAACAGCCGAAAUGGGGAUGGAACCUACAGAGAAGUACACCAAAGGUGCUGGCCACAGUUAUUCAGUUGAAGGCGUCUGGUGUGACCAGAGACUCCAUAGUGCACAUGCCCUGUUCGUCAGUGAACUGCUUUGAAGCCGACCCCACACCCACAACAGCGGGCCUUGCUCUGCCGGGAGGGCUGCAAUGAUGCAAGUAUGCAAUCGCACACAUCAGGGGGAUGCCAUGAUUGAGAUAUAAAAAUGUGGCUGAAAUAUAAUAAUUAGAUUUCAUUAAAUAAUAAUAUUGGGCUGGCAUCUUUGAAUGGCAUGAACGAGACCUUUUUUUUUUUCAGUAAGACUAUAUGUUAAGAGAAACAGAAAAUACCAAGGACCUAGCUUUGCAGUGCAGCAGCCAUUUUCGUGCGCCAUGCAUUCUUUGAAAAUAUGCAGGUGAUGUAAAACAUGAAUUACAUGACUAUAAGGAGUAAUGCAGCAAAAUGUAGACAAACCCAGGGUGGUUUCAAGUUUCUUUGAAAUGAAGUGUAUGCCCCAUAUGUUAGCACCAGUAAAUGCAAUUAUUGUACAACAUAUGGGGCAGAAACUUGGAGGUUAACAAAGAAUCUCGAGAACAAGUUAAGGACUGCACAAAGUGCGAUGGAACGAAAAAUGUUAGGCCUAACGUUCAGAG